GACAUACGGCGUCGUUUCCUCUUGGCUUCUCGCUCGAAGACGUUUGAAAAUGGCGACAGAAGUCGUGUCUUCGUCAAAGGUGGCUACGCUGUCGGAAGCUACAAAUGGCGAGGCGGGUGUCGAAGGAAAGCGGGAAAGAAGAAGAAAACGAGCUUUUGACGUUGGUCCCAGUGAGUUUGGAAAUGGUGUUGCAUCCAAUGAUCCACCAGAAGAUGAUGGUACUAAAGGUGAACUGACAGUUGGUCCGGGGGUUGGUGGCAUACAACCAAGAUGGUCAGAAUGUAAACGAGCUUUACCUGGUUUAACUCUGGAUCAAGAAGAACGUCUGAAAAAAGCAAAGCGAUUUGCAAUGGAGCAAUCUGUGCAACAGGUAUUGUUGAAGCAACAGCUUCUACAGCAGCAACAAAUGGGCUCUGUAAGCUCAGUCACACAACGACAACGAGCGUUAGCCCUAAUGUGCAGGAUAUAUGUUGGUAGCAUCAAUUUCGAACUUCGAGAAGAACACAUCAAACAGGCAUUUUCGUCAUUUGGCCCUAUUAAAAAGAUAGAUCUAUCGUGGGAUCCAUUGACAAUGAAACACAAGGUUGGUACAUGAAAGAUGGCAAAUUUUUUUCAAAAUUGUCAUGAUAUGAUUUUGAACGUUGUAAAGGUGGGACGACCCAGUAAUGUUCCUCAAGCUCAACCGUUAAUCGAACAGUUUGAGAGGGAAGCUCAGCAAUAUGCUAGAAUUUAUGUAGCUUCGAUACAUCCAGAUCUUGGUGAAGAUGAUAUUAAGAGCGUGUUUGAAGCAUUCGGUAAAGUGAAGAGUUGUACUUUAACACCGGACACCAUAACGGGAAAGCACAAAGGAUUCGGUUUCAUAGAAUAUGAAACGCAACAAUCGGCGAACGAUGCCAUUGCAUCAAUGAAUUUGUUUGAUCUUGGCGGUCAGUUUCUUCGAGUUGGUCGCGCCAUAACACCUCCGUCACAUUCAUCGGUUGCACCAAAUACUCUCCCAGCCGCUGCUGCAAUGGCUGCCGCCGCAGUUUCGGCGAAGAUACAAUCCCAAGAUCCUACGGUUGCAAAUUUACCUACAUUAUCAGCGAAUAGUGUUAUGACCAGUGUUGUCUCCGCUGGCGGUCUCGUUGCUCUACCUACGGCUGUUGUUUCCAGUCUUGCCGGAGUCAUACCAACUGCUUCGACUGCUGUCAUGGCUGCCCCUGCUCAAGGACUACUCACAAGUGUCACUCCGAUUUCUGCCAUGGCCACAGUAUAUAACACAGCUCCACUCGUUCAAACAUCAACUCCCACUGUUCAUGAUCAAACCGUCACUCCAGUUGCAGCAGUUGUUCAGUCUCAGCUCGCCGUUCAAGCGCAGGCUUUACCUACAAUUGCAGUUCCUGUUGCUGCUCCGGCGGUCGUUGCUGCGGCUACUCCUGUUCAACCGAUACUUGAAGUAACUAAAAUUGACGAGGACACUCAAAAGAAAAUGACAGAGUACAACAACUUAAGUCACGAAGAGCACAUGUCAAUAUCAGGAAGUAACGCUCGAUACAUGGUCAUGCAGAAACUCUCUCGCAAGUCCGAGUCUACCGUCAUGGUGUUACGUAACAUGGUGGACAUAGAAGAUGUCGAUGAAGAAUUGCAGAGUGAAGUUACGGAUGAAUGUAGUAAAUUUGGUAACGUGAACCGUGUGGUUAUUUAUCAAGAGAAACAGGGUGAAGAAGACGAUGCUCCUGUCAUAGUGAAAAUAUUCGUGAAGUUCACAUCUGUAGCAGAAGUUGAACAGGCAGUAGCAAAUUUGAAUGGGAGAUGGUUCGGUGGAAAGACCAUCAAAGCUGCAAUUUACGACGACGAAAAAUUUGAAGCGGACGAUUUGACUGCGUAAUGUAGUUUGUAUAUAGUAUUAGCAUUAAGUGGUCGACGCAAUCAACUGAUCAGUUUCGAUUACUCCGCACUUGCAUGUAAGAUAUUUUCCUUGGUAAAAACGAAAGGAUAACCAGAGAUAUUUAUGAGCUGUGUGGUGAGAUUAUAUUGAAGGACAUCGAUUAAAACGAGGCUGUUUAUUAUUUGUUUCAUGAACAGUUGAAAACGAUUAUGUAUUUAAAGCUGUUGCUUGCUUUAUGUAUUUUGGACAUGUCUCCUCAAGCGUUCUUUAGUUUGAUUAUUCUAUUGUCUGAGUGACGUCUUUUAUAGUCGGGACUUUCUUCAACCCUUAUAAACAUUUUUCAUUCUGAUUGUUCUUUUAGUCCAAUCAAAGUCCUUUACUCAUAACACUUUUAACUCCCUUAUAGUCUGUACAUUAAGUUUGAUUAUUAAUAAUGACGAUGAAAAUAUA